UUUCAACGAGAGAGCAGGUAUUUUAUCUGCACAAACUCUGCAGAAGUUAAGAAUGAUGCCAGAACACAUGUCCCCCGUUGCUCACUUGGACCUGUACCAGAUUCCAGAAAAAAGAAGCAGAGGGUGGUAUCUGUCCCUGAUGGCACCCAACGAAAAAGGACCAAGCUAUGCUUGGCUUGAUCCAUCCAGGCUUUACUGUAACCAACAGGCUCUGCGGGAUUGCAUAGAAGACCUUCUUCAACCCUUCCAGGGAGACCAGAUUGAUCUUGUUGCAGGGAUAGAUGCCAUGGGAUUCAUACUGGGGGCCGCCAUUGCUUCACACCUAGGGAAAGGUUUUCUGGCCAUCAGAAAGGCUGGGCACCUGUGUGUGGAGGCAAAAAGUCAGACAUACGUGGAUUACUCCGGGAGGGAAAAGGUGAUGGAGGUACGGACUGAUGCCAUUAAACCAGGUUUGCGUAUCUUGUUAGUGGACCAGUGGAUUGAAACAGGAGGAACAAUGCGGGCGGCUAUUAAACUGGUGGAAGACCAAGGUGGGAUUGUGGCAGGUGUGGCUACGAUCUGCAUUGAGGACAGUGAUGGCGGCAAGUGGGUGAGAGGAAACUAUAAGUGUUCAGAUUGCGUUCCAGAGCCUCUGAGGAGCCAAUUUAAGGAAUAUUUCUUGGAGAGCAUUAAGAUGUAGAAUAAACAUCAUCAUAACUGAAGUCACAGUCAGUUCCAGAGAAACAGCUCCUCCUGGGGUUUAUUGUCUAAGGAAAAAAAAACUACAAACUUACAAAGGGUAAAUGAUUAAAAAGGGCCCUUUAUUUCCAUCAUCAAGCAACGUGUCGGCAAUGAAUACGAUUUAUCACAAGGAAUAAGGAACUAGAAGACAUUGUCCAUAUUAAGAAAGUAUUGUACCCAUAAAAAUACAAUAUGUGUAAUAGCAUCUUCUGAAAAACAGAAAUUGUGUUGCAAUAAGUAAAUUAGCAUUUACUUACAGUUUUAAGAAUUUUGGGGACAUCAACCUUACAAACAUUUGUUUAUUGAUACCUGAAUAGAACCAGAAGUAAUUUUAAGACGAUUGAAGCUUAAUAUGGAUUAUGUUAAAACAAGGCAUACAAAUUCAGUAUAGCUUGGUACCAGUCUACUGCAUAUUUAACCCCUCUGUGACAAUUGCUGAUUUUAUUUUUUGUACCCUUCGUGACAAAAAGGACUUUUUCUGACUUUUACUUGAAAAAUCUUUUACUCGUCUAUAAAAGCAAAUGAAAAA